UGGAACCACCCGGAUCCUGCCGCCUGCGCCUUUAAGGAUUGCACCCGGAGGCGGAGCGGGGAGUGUCCCGGGCAGGCGCUGGAGGUGGUGCGGCCGGACGAGUGGGACUGACUCUUCGGGACGGUCACGGCGGCGGCGGCUCGGCUUGCGCGUGGGCCUUGCGGGAGGAAGCGAGAGCGCACGGCGAAGGCGCGGCCAGCAGCAUGGACUGGGGCACGGAGCUGUGGGAUCAGUUUGACAUAGUUGAGCGGCACACACAGUGGGGCCUAGAUCUGAUGGACAAGUAUGUGAAGUUUGUGAAAGAACGGACAGAGAUUGAGCAGGCAUACGCAAAGCAGCUGAGGAACCUUGUGAAAAAGCAUCUCCCCAAGAGGACUGCACGAGAAGACCCGGAAAUGAAAUUCUGCCAGUAUCAAGCUUUCCUCCAGAUAGUGCAGGAGCUGAAUGACUUCGCUGGCCAGCGAGAGGUAGUAGCGGAAAAUCUUCUGAUGCGGAUUUGUGUGGAGCUUGCCAAAUACUCUCAAGAACUCAAGCAAGAGAGAAAAUCGCAUUUGCAAGAGAGCCGAAGGGCUCAGCAGCAGCUGGAGAACUCUUUCAAACAGCUGGAAAAUAGCAAGCGGAAGUUUGAGCGUGAUUGCAGAGAGGCAGAAAAAGCUGUGGUGACAGCCGAGAAACUGGACCAGGAUAUCAAUGCUACCAAGGCAGAUGUGGAGAAGGCCAAACAACAGGCCAACCUGCGUAGUCACAUGGCUGAGGAAAGCAAAAAUGAAUAUGCUUCGUAUCUGCAAAAAUUCAACCACAAUCAGAGCCAGUUCUACUUUCUGGAAAUACCACAGAUUUUCAGUAAACUGCAGGAAAUGGAUGAAAGACGGACACGGCGCCUCAAGGAAGGCUAUAGCAUCUUUUCAGAGACGGAGCAGCAGGUCAUGCCUAUCAUCGGCAAGUGCCUAGAGGGCAUGAAGGCAGCAGCGGACGUGGUUGAUGAGAAGAACGACUCACAGGUUCUCAUUGAACUACACAAGUCUGGCUUUGAGAGGCCAGGAGACAUGGAUUUUGAAGAUUUCAGCCAGCCUAUGAACCGCACCUCAUCAGAUACUAGCCUGGGCACACCUCGUGGCACCUUGGAUGGUCGACUUGACCCCCGUUUGCUGAGCAAGAAUAAAGGAAAACGCUGGCCCUUCAGCAGGAAGAACAAGCUCCCGCCCCCUCCCCUGUCCCCCUUAAAUUGCCCCUCAUCUUCCCCUUCUUCAUCUUCCAUCAAUGGACCUCCAUCUCCCAAAUUCACCCGUGACCCCCUGUCUUACUGUUUGAACGAGAUCAAUAAGACAGUCAAACCCCGCAUCACGUCCUUCCGCAGUCUCAAACGGGGGACUGUGAUCACAGAAGACUUCAGCCACUUGCCUCCGGAGCAGAGGAGGAAAAAACUCCAGCAGAAAAUAGAAGAGAGGAAUCGGGAGUUACAGAAAGAGAUAGACCAGAGGGAUGCCUUAAAUAAGAUGAAAGAUGUUUAUCAGAAGACGCCUCAGAUGGGAGACCCCGCUAGUCUUGAGCCAAAAAUCUCAGAGACAUUGGGCAACAUUGAAAGGCUGCGUCUAGAAAUCCAGAAAUGUGAAGCUUGGUUGGCAGAUGCAGAGAACAGGAUGCUGAGUAAUCGUCCUGAUACGGUCACCCGUUACACCCGUCACUUGGACCAUGCCAGCGCUGUGAACAAUAACAACUGUUCUCAUGAAAAGGACAGCCCUGACACGACCCAGUCUGACGAGAGCCAGGACACUCUCAACCAGCCCAUCUACACAGAGUUUGAUGAAGACUUUGAGGAGGAUUUGGCUUCACCUGUUGGUACCUGCGUGGCCCUGUACCAGUUUGAAGGUUCCAGCGAGGGCACCAUCUCCAUGCUGGAGGGCGAAGAGCUCAGCUUGAUGGAGGAAGAUAAGGGCGAUGGGUGGACACGUGUGCGGCGAAGUAAAGGAGGCGAGGGCUACGUCCCUACCUCCUACCUGCGUGUCAGUGUAAAUUGAGCAAGAUGGGUUUUAGCAUCUCAAGAGCAGCAGCUUGGAAACUACUGGGCACCAUCAGGGCAUGAGUGGAAGAAGUGAGAUGUUUCAGUGGACAGAGAAGAACUCCAUGAUGCCUGCUCUACACAGGAGGACCUGUAGAAAGGAAGGCAUCUCCUGCCAAAUCACUACUGCAGAGCUGUGAGAGAUUAGUUUUAUUGAAUAGAAAAAAAGGUGGCUGGAGCCUACUUACCACAAUAAGACCGCAAGAGAGAGAGAGAGAGAUGGGCCUCCUCAUGCUUAUGCACCCAACCAGUCAUGAUCACUCUCUCCCACCUACCCCCUCCACCUUGCCUUCAGGGCAGGUAUAAGCCACAUUAUUACCCCCCUGGUGAAAGGUGCAGUGCCCAGGCAGGGAGAGUUGAAGAGCACCACUCCCUCUCUCAUCCAUGGAAAUAGUGGCAGUUUUGCAUAAAGGAAGGACUCCUCAUUUCCUGCAUCUCGGUUGGGUUGGCUGCUCGUAGCAGGUGAGACUUCUGUGGUGCCUAGUUUUCUCUCUCUCAGCUGCACUUGCAGAAAGGCAGACACAUACCCUGCCCUCUCCCCUGUCCUCCUGGUGUGUUGGCAGUGUUUCCCCGCCCUUAACCCCCACCCCUGGGCUCAGUCAGGUUGAUCAGAGCAGAACGAUCUCUCGUAAAUACCAAUAGCUGCUUUAUGCUGCAUUUAUUCGACUGUGUCUGCAAGUAGAGGGGUGUGUCUGUGUGUGUAUGCUUAAAUGCUUAGUAUGAGUGAUAAAAGGGCUGUGUCUGAAAGCCUAACUUUUACCCCCUCACCACUGCUGCUAUGCCUGCCUUUUGGCAUUCCUUUUUGUCUGUGUGCUUGUGUGUGUGUGUGUGAGAGAGAGAGAGAAAGUGAGUGGGGAAAGGAAAAAUAAAGUAGGAAUUUUGCAUGGCAGGCCAAUCGGCUGUCAUUACUGCAUCAGGUUAAGUGAGAUUGCCAUCUGAGAGGAGCUCUGAGCCUAGAGCAAGCCAAAAGUCACUGAGAGCAAACCAACAUCCAGAUAUUUUCCCCCUGAAAUGCACUUUAUUUUUCCUGGAUCUGAUCAGCCUGGCCAACUCAGCCACCUAAAAGUGCCUGCUCUAUGAAGUUUUUCCUUUCCCAUGGGAGCCCUUGCUCUCAGGAAAGUCAGGUGUCCUGGCAGUCUCCUAUUCCUACCCCCUCCAUCUGCAUAUUUUUGUGUGGUAAUUUUUUAAAAGAGAGAGAGAGAAGAGGAUGCUAAUGAAUUAUCCUUUUUAUACAGUGACCAAUUUAUUUUACCAUUCAGUUUAGCUUGUUUAUUCACAUAAUCUGUAAACAAUAAUGUCCCUGGCUCUAAUUUCUCCAUGCUUUGAUGAGCAGAAAAAGGGGGGAGGGUGCUGAGCCGCACUUUCUCUUUCUCUCUCUUGGGAUGUAGAAUGUAUUUUCAGGUGCCUUUUUACACUUUAUGUAAAUAGUAGACAAAAAAAAAACCUUGUGGGUGCCUGUAUAGCUAGUGUUUUUGUUUCUCUGGCCUCCAAGUAUUGUUUU